GGCCUCGGGUCAAAGCCGGCGCGGUCUGUGCGCCAGUGUCUCUCCGCAGUUCCUGCCGCCCGGCCCGGCACCGCCAGAGCCUGAGGCCAGACAGCAGGCUCGCUGCGGCCCGGGCCUCCGAGCGGACUCCCUGGCGGCCCUGCAGGGCGGGAGGCAGCGCGGCCCGCCCGGAGGCGGUGGGCGGUUCCGAGCUCGCCGGAAACCACGUGCCCCGCUUUCCGGCGGCCGGAGGCCCGAGGCCCGAGGAGGCUGGCGCCGCCCGCAGCCGGGCGCCGUGUCCUCGCCAAGGUUCAGGCGGUGCCGCGUGGUGAGUGCUGUCUCCCCAGGCCCCCGGUGAGAAGGGGAUGAGGUUGGAAGAGUCGGUACCACCACCAGCCCUCCGCGUCCCCCGAGACCAUGCCCCCGCCGUGGCGAGCGGGGGAGAUUGAUGUCCCCCGGAAGCGGCGCUCACAGGGGGACUGGCGCGGGUCCCUCCCUUGCUUCCAGCUGUGCGGCGACAGCAAGCUGGCCUUCCCGCCUGAGUUAGCAAUCCUGCCAGUCUCCCUUGUGUCUCCCGGGCUCAGUGCCCCCUCUUGCCCGCCCCCCAGCACUCCAGCCUUGCUGCUGAGGGUGAAGAACCCCACCCGCCUUCUCUUACGAGGGAGGGCGGGGCGUGUGAGGGGAAAAACGUCCAUCAAGUGUCUGCGGAGUUGCCGCCGCCUCCGGCCCUGGCGGCAUUCACACUCAAGACGUGGUUCCUUUGGGUUCGUCUUGGGCUUGAAUUUUUUUUUUAAUUACGAUUUUAUUCGUAAGGAUUGUCGGAAACGAGGCUUUGGGGGGAGUCUGCUGGCAAUCUUAACUUGGAGGGGCGCGCGCACCGGAUGGGGCGGCCUCCUGGCCUCUCGCCGCGCGUGGGCGGCAGAAACGUGCUGGAACCAAGCCCAGCCCCGGGCACUGGUGUGCGAGGCCCGCAGCCGCGGCUGCCCCUCCCCCGGCGGCCGCACGUGGUCAACCGAGGGGACGCGCGCGGCAGGCUCCAGGGGGAGUGGGUGGCUGGAGGUUCUUGUAUCUAGUUUUCCUUUGAUCGCUGUCACGAGCAUGAUGUCAGGAAGAUCCCGCAGCUUUGAGGCGUCAUCUGACUCCAGGGAAAAAGAAAAGUCAAGAAGCCGGUCAGCCCUCCGCAGCCGUCGGCUCCUCGCUGGCCAUCCCCGCGGCGCUCGCUGCUCAAAGGACCCCCGCCCAGCAGGGGCCGUGCCAUCUCGGGCGGCUGUCCCCCGGCCACACCGGCUGCUUGCCCUGCACAGCCUCUGUGGGGCCCGCAGGGCUGUGGGGGACGGGAUGCUUAUCCCGCCGACUGCGCGGAGAACAAAAGCAACGUAGGGCUUGGCGCGUGUGAGCCCUGGCCCAGAAGAUGAAGGAAGACCCAGGUUCUCCUCUUCUCUUCACUGCUUAUUAGGGAUGGGCUCCUGAAUGCAAGCUUUGUCUGGCCUGCCUGUUAGUCACUGUGACAAAAGAGACCCAGGGAGACUGGAGCCCGACGUUGGAUUCUUUGGCCAGGAUGUCACGUCGUGGAGGCCAGGCCGCAGCGUGCAAGCAAAGCCCGGUUCCAGGACCUCUGAGCUCUCCUGCGUGCAUUGGGACCAGCAGAAGUCACCCGAGGUGUCCCCACUCAACCCCACCCCACAGCUUGGGACUGGCCACAGCAUUCUUCCAAAUCUCCUCCAUGUAAUCUCCUGGGAGUACCGAGGGCCUUUGCCCAGAAUCUCUGCAACCUUCAAAGAUCUGGGGCGUGGGGGCGGGUCAGGCAGGACUUAUCUAAUCCCCUUGGAACAAUUUCCUAUAUAUGUGUGUAUGUAGGUGUCUCUGUAAAUAGCGAUUAAAUAUUCUUGCCUGGAUAUCUGUGUCUGCAAACCAGGGCUUCUAUUAAAUGUAAUUACUUCCUCCUGGAGUUCUUUGAAUUCUCCCUCCUGAGAGAGAGAGAGGAAGAGCGGGGAGGUGUGUGCUUCGAGCCUCGCCUGAGAAGUGAGGGCC